AGGUCCGGGGAGUGGGGCUCGGCAUCCCCGAGGCGGCGUUCAUGGGGAGUGGGGGCUGUGCUCUGCCAGCAGGGCCCGGCCCCCUUAAGGCGGCACCUCGGCGGCGCUCAGGGGGCGCAGACAGUGGAGGCCUUUCACAGCCUCAGUCCUGGGCUUCUUCUCGGGAAGAUGUAGAUUCUUUUAUGAAACAACCUGGAAAUGAGACAGCAGAUGUAGUUCUUAAGAAGCUGGAUGAGCAGUAUCAGAAGUAUAAAUUUCUGGAACUUAAUCUUGCUCAAAAGAAAAGGAGGCUAAAAAGUCAGAUUCCUGAAAUUAAACAGACAUUAGAAAUUUUAAAACACAUGCAGAAGAAAAAGGAUUCCACACAUCCAAUGGAAACCAGAUUUUUAUUGGCAGAUAAUCUCUACUGCAAAGCUUCAGUUCCUCCUACAGAUAAAGUUUGUUUGUGGUUGGGGGCCAAUGUGAUGCUUGAAUAUGAUAUUGAUGAAGCUCAGGCUCUGUUAGAGAAGAAUUUGUCAACAGCCACAAAAAAUCUCGAUCUUCUAGAGGAAGACCUGGAUUUUCUCAGAGAUCAGUUCACCACUACAGAAGUCAAUAUGGCUAGAGUUUAUAACUGGGACGUAAAGAGAAGAAACAAGCAAGACCCUUCCAAAAACAAAGCAUAGGUUUUCCAAUUUUAAAUGUGGUUUCAAUUUCAAAGUAUUUUUUAUUUAAACACCCCCAAACUUCAUUCAGGACUGAGUUACUUUCAGCAUUUCAGUAACUGGUAAAAUAUAUAAAAACUAAUGGUGAGCACCAUUUUAUUUAUCUGUAAACUCAAAAUUUGGUUUCAUGCAUGCUUCAUGAAUUGAAUUAUUUGAAAAGGCACCACACAGUCCAGCAAAGGAUGUAGUAUUUUGAUCAGUCCAUCAUAAAUAAAUUUCUGCCUGAAAGCCUGUCUGAAAAGCUGAAGGAGAUAUAUGAAAUGGAGCCAUGUUCACAGGCUAAAGCAAUUGCAGGGUUUUUCUUCUUCAUCUUUAUACUGAAGCUGAUGAAGUUAACUUUGACUUGGGCUGGAAAGAUGUCCAGCUGUAAUGUUCCAGGAAACAACAAAAUUAGAGUGGAAUCUUGGGGUUUGUUUUAGUCAGUUAAUGGCAGCACCAGUGUGUAGGCAUUCUUGGAUGUCUGCUUUGGAUAAACUUGUAGUAACUCUGGGUUACCUAACUCUCUGUUACUGAGCUCUCAGCACGUUACAUGCAGCAGUUUGUGAUUUGUCCUCAGAGAGCACAGUGGGCAAGGAGUGAGCAGCACAGGGGAUAUCAAGCCUGCAGGUCUCACCCCUUCUUUUUCAUACAUGUGCACAUGUUGGUUGUUUCAGCAAAUGUGUUGAACAAGGACCCAAGAGCCCACAGCUUGCGAGAGCCUCCCAUUGACACCCCCUUGGCCCAGAUGUCCAAUUCAAAUGUCUGAACACAGCCUCCCAGGUGGUAAAAUCUGUGUUAGAUCAGGAUGGUUGACUGGAACAUGACCUCUGGUGGUACAGUUGGAGUGGUUUUUUGGUCCUUACAAAGCCUUGCAAGAUUGUUGCCUCUUACCUUUGCAGUUUCUUUCUAAAAUGAAAUGCUCAGUGGUGAUGUCAGUGGCUAAUAAUCACAUUCUGUGACUGAGAGUACAGGUUUCACUGCAAAAUAAAUGCAAAUGUUAACUGUUCAAUCUUCAUGUAAGAAACAAUAUACCUGUAAAUUUUUUGUACUUUUAUUUCAUGAUAUUAAAAUAGUAAAACUAAA